GCCAAGCCAUAAAGCCCUCCAAAUCCUUCAUUUUCCAAAGCUAAUCUAUGCUAUAUAAAUUAUAACCAAAGUAUUCAUAUGCAUUAAUCAAAUCAACCACAUUCCUUACAAUAUACAGCCAACAAACAGGAAAAAAAAAUAUGGACAAAUUCUUCUUGGUUUCUUUACUCGGUUUGCUUAUAGUGGCGAAUGGAGUUUCAGGAAGCAUGAUGUGCGACAACAACUUUGGCAUGCUAGAAGAACUCAACAACCUCGACACAGAGGAAGAUUAUGAGGUAGAAGAACUUUCUGACAUACCUUCAUGGACAAGUGAACGCGGCGGAAAAGUUCUUGUGAAUAUUGAUAGCUUUGGUGCUGCAGGAAAUGGAGAAACUGAUGAUACUGAGGCUCUUCAAAAAGCAUGGGGAGUUGCUUGUUCUACACCAAAAUCUGUUCUAUUGAUUCCAAAAGGACGCCGUUACCUUGUUAAUGCGACGAAAUUCAUAGGGCCUUGUAAAGACAAUCUAAUCAUCCAGAUUGAUGGAACACUGGUUGCUCCGGAAGAUCCAAAGAACUGGGAUCCAAAACUUCCACGCGUUUGGCUCGAUUUUUCUAAAUUGAAGAAAGCUGUUUUCCAAGGCUCUGGAGUUAUCGACGGCUCAGGAAGUAAAUGGUGGGCAGCAUCUUGCAAAAAGAACAAGACUAAUCCUUGCAAAGGUGCACCAACGGCACUAACUAUCGAUACAAGUUCAUCUAUAAAGGUUAAAGGACUAACUAUCCAGAAUAGCCAACAGAUGCAUUUUACGAUAUCGCGAUGCGAUUCUGUUCGAAUUUUAGGAGUUAAAGUGGCGUCACCAGGAGACAGUCCAAACACUGAUGGAAUUCAUAUUAGUGAAUCAACAAAUGUCAUUGUCCAAGACUGCAAAAUUGGAACAGGGGAUGAUUGCAUUUCAAUUGUGAAUGCUAGUUCUAAUAUCAAAAUGAAGAGAAUUUUUUGUGGACCGGGACAUGGAAUCAGCAUUGGAAGUCUUGGUAAAGAUAACUCAACUGGUGUAGUCACGAAAGUGAUUUUGGAUACAGCAUUUCUAAAGGGGACUACCAAUGGUCUUAGAAUUAAGACUUGGCAGGGAGGUGCAGGAUAUGUCAAAGGGGUACGCUUUCAGAAUGUGAGGGUGGAAAAUGUAUCAAACCCCAUUCUUAUAGAUCAAUUUUACUGUGAUUCUCCAACCUCAUGUCAAAACCAGUCAUCAGCAUUGGAGAUAAGUGAGAUAAUGUACCAAAAUGUAAGUGGGACUACAAAUAGUGCUAAGGCCAUUAAAUUUGACUGCAGUGACACUGUUCCAUGCAGCAAUUUAGUCCUUAGCAAUGUUGAUUUGGAGAAACAAGAUGGCACAGUUGAAACAUAUUGUCAUUCAGCUCAAGGAUUUGGAUAUGGUGUGGUUCAUCCUUCAGCUGAAUGCCUUAAUUCCAGUGAUAAAACUUCUCAAGAUGAUGAAUCUCAAUCUAUUAUUUCUGAAGAUGAUUAUACCCGUCACACCGAACUAUAGUUAAAUUACAUCUCGAUACGCAUGCCUUAUACAAUAACUCUUUCCUUAGAAAUCGGAGAGUUAAAGAUAUAAAAAAAAAAA